CUCCGCGAGACGCCCUGUCCCUUCUUAGCCGUCGCGCGCUGCGCGGUGGGCGGCGGGAGGGCCAGGGGGCCUGGGCUCAGUUUGGGGCCUGGCGGGCCACGAGGGCUGGGUCCCUCCCUUCCCCGCGGCGAUUCUCAGCUGCUGCUGCCCCUCAGCUGGAAGCGGCGGCUCCGCGCCUCCCGCCCCUCCCCCAGGUGGGGCCCGGGGGAGCUGGACGUGAAUCCCGGGGGCGCGGAGUCCGCAGACAGCGACAGUCUCCUUCCCUCCGUGAGCUGCGUUCUAGCCUGGGGUAGUCCCCGAUCCCGGCGCAAUGUGGCUGCUUCCCUUCAAGCUCGGGAGCGCUUUUCGGCCAGAAAGGCGGGCAAUAUCUUGCGCCCGGCGGGUGCCCUUCGGGAUUCUCUUUGUGGCCAGAUGGGUUUGUAUGGACAGGCUUGUCCAUCUGUAACUUCAUUAAGGAUGACAUCUGAACUGGAGAGCAGCCUAACAUCUAUGGACUGGUUACCACAGCUCACCAUGAGAGCAGCCAUCCAAAAAUCUGAUGCUACACAAAAUGCACAUGGAACAGGAAUUUCUAAGAAGAAUGCACUCCUUGACCCCAAUACAACUCUGGACCAGGAAGAAGUCCAACAGCACAAAGAUGGGAAACCUCCAUACAGUUAUGCCAGCCUCAUUACAUUUGCAAUCAAUAGCUCUCCCAAAAAGAAAAUGACUUUAAGUGAGAUUUACCAGUGGAUUUGUGAUAAUUUUCCAUAUUAUAGAGAGGCUGGCAGUGGUUGGAAGAAUUCCAUACGACAUAAUCUGUCACUGAACAAAUGUUUCCUUAAAGUGCCUCGUUCAAAGGAUGACCCCGGAAAGGGAUCCUAUUGGGCAAUAGACACCAAUCCGAAGGAAGAUGCGCUGCCUACUCGGCCAAAGAAGAGGGCACGAUCUGUAGAACGGGCCUCAACUCCAUAUAGCAUAGAUUCAGAUUCUUUGGGAAUGGAGUGUAUUAUUUCGGGAAGUGCCUCUCCAACUCUGGCAAUCAACACUGUGACUAACAAAGUAACAUUGUACAAUACUGAUCAGGAUGGUAGUGAUAGCCCACGCAGUAGCCUUAACAACAGUCUCUCAGACCAGAGUUUGGCAUCUGUUAAUUUGAACAGUGUUGGGAGUGUGCAUAGUUAUACACCGGUGACAAACCAUCCAGAACCAGUCUCUCAAUCAUUAACUCCUCAGCAGCAGCCACAAUACAACCUUCCAGAACGAGACAAGCAACUGCUUUUCUCAGAAUAUAAUUUUGAAGAUCUUAGUGCCUCAUUUCGGAGCCUUUAUAAGUCAGUUUUUGAGCAGUCACUUAGUCAACAAGGUUUGAUGAGCAUCCCUUCUGAAUCUUCCCAGCAGUCCCACACUUCGUGUUCCUAUCAGCACUCUCCUAGCAGUACAGUGAGCUCUCACCCACACAGCAACCAAAGCAACCUGACCAACAGUCAUGGCAGUGGCCUCAACACCACAGGCAGUAAUUCUGUUGCACAAGUCUCACUGUCCCACCCGCAGAUGCACACACAGCCAUCUCCACAUACACCCCAUCGACCGCAUGGUUUACCACAGCAUCCACAGCGUCCCCAACACACGGCACCACACCCACAGCAACACAGCCAGCUCCAGUCCACUCACCCUCAGCACCCCUCUCCACAUCAACACAUACAGCACCAUCCGAAUCAUCAGCAUCAGACGUUAACACAUCAGGCACCCCCACCCCCACAACAGGUAUCCUGUAAUUCUGGUGUUUCUAAUGAUUGGUAUGCAACACUUGAUAUGCUAAAAGAAAGCUGUCGAAUUGCCAGCAGUGUUAAUUGGUCAGAUGUAGACCUUUCCCAGUUCCAAGGUCUGAUGGAGAGUAUGAGACAGGCAGAUCUGAAGAACUGGUCUUUAGAUCAGGUUCAGUUUGCUGAUCUCUGUUCUUCUCUUAAUCAGUUCUUUACACAAACUGGCCUUAUCCACUCACAGAGUAAUGUUCAGCAAAAUGUUUGUCAUGGUGCCAUGCAUCAAACAAAACCUUCCCAACACAUUGGAACAGGAAACUUGUACAUAGACUCUAGGCAAAAUCUCCCUCCUUCAGUGAUGCCACCCCCUGGUUAUCCUCAUAUCCCACAGGCACUCAGCACUCCAGGAACAACGAUGGCAGGCCAUCACGGAGCCAUGAACCAGCAGCACAUGAUGCCUUCCCAAGCCUUCCAGAUGCGGCGCUCCCUGCCUCCAGAUGACAUCCAGGAUGACUUUGACUGGGAUUCAAUUGUGUAGGGCUUGUGUUCUGCAAGGCAUCAGACCCCAGCGUCACCUUUCUGUGCAGUUAAAGGAAAGGUUUUAAGAGAAUCCAGUUGAGAAAACAAAGUUGCUAAUCACUUCACCAAUGUUAUCAAAAUUUCUUUUGAAGACAAUCAAAAAGAUUUUAGCUGGAUAACUUACUGCUUUUAUCUGACCCAAACAAGUACUACAUGUUUGUCUCCCUGCCAACUGCCCUAUGUAGCUCCUAACUGUUGUGUGAUUUGGACAGCUUUUUGCAUAUUUGUGUCAGUUUGAUGUUAACCACAAGUGCCAGACUGAUUUUUCAGACAGAGCCUAUUUUGCUGCAAGCAGUUUAUAGAUACAUAUGUGUAAAUAUAUGUACAAAAAUUA